GUCAAUAGGCACCGGUGAAGAAAAGAUAAAAGAGAUCAGACACAAUCACACCGAAGAGCAUAUAGAAGAUAAAAAUGGCGGAAGGAAAUGACAAGGGAUGCGUUUGUGUAACCGGAGGGACUGGGUUUCUGGCAUCACGGCUCAUCGUGAAACUCCUCCAACAAGGUUAUGCCGUGAACGCCACCGUCAGAUCUCACCCCGGCGGAAACCCCAAAGACACAAGCUUUCUCACGAACCUGGAAGGCGCACCGGAGAGGCUCCGGAUCUUCGUCGCCGAUCUGGACAACCCGGAGAGUUUUUCCCCGGCGAUUGAAGGGUGCGUGGGGGUGUUCCACGUGGCGCAGCCGAUGCCGGAGAGCCCAGAGGACGACGACGACGAGGCAAAGUACAGGGAAGCGGUGAGUGGGGCGGUGCGUAUAUUGGAACUGUGCGUGAAGGCGGGCACAGUGAAGAGAGUUGUGUACACUUCGAGCGACUCGGCCAUGGUUUUCAACGACGAGGGGGCGGAGGUGGUGGACGAGAGGUGGUGGAGCGAUGUGGAGUAUAUUAGGUCGUCGGUAAGCCGUGAAAAGGUGUACUCCAUUUGCAAGACUAUGAUCGAGAAGGCAGCUUUUGAGUUCGCACACAAGAGUGGGCUUGAUUUGGUGACUGUGAUUCCUCCAUAUAUACAUGGCCCCUUCAUCACUCCUCAAUGCCCUUACUCUGUCCGUUUGUCCAUGGCCUGGAUAUUCGGUGACAAUGACCCCAUGAUUGAAUACCAAUCAGUAAUCCCUUUCGUGCACGUAGAUGACCUUGCAAGUGCACACAUUUUUGUUUUCGAGCAUCCAAACGCGGAAGGAAGGUACACUUGCUGUGCGGUCAAUACUACAGUUGGAGAGCUCUCUGCUUUUUUGUCCACUAGAUAUUCUCACAAGUAUAAUAUUCCACUUAUCAAAGUCUCAAAGGAGAAAGGGUUUAAGUAUCCCAAAGAAUCUUCGAAAAAGUUAUUGGAUGCUGGAUUCAAGUUCAAGUAUGGUCUGGAGGACAUGUUCGAUGGGGCAAUUGAAUGUUGUAAACAAAGAGGUUUACUUUAGUUGUGAUGUUUUUCAGUUUUUUAUUUUAUUCUAUGUGAAUCUACAAUGGAGAAAAUUCAAGUUUAAAUUUAUGAGAAUAAGGUUGGAAUGUUUUACAAAUAUAUAAUGACUAUUUGUAAUUUCUGUCUGGUUUGCAAUAAAAGUCAACUUUUCGUUUUAAUUUCA